AUGGCGGAUGAAAAACAAAUGAGUGCUCUUCUAAGAAGGCACGAACAAUUGAAGCGAUGGCAGGAUUCCGAAACAAAUAGAGUAUCUGGAUUACCUCGCGAGGAUAAAAUAAGAGUUAAAUUUCAAGAUGGAUGUAUUUUCUUGGCUGCUUGCUCAAGCAGCGAUACACAAGAAGUGAAGAAACUUUUGGAUCGGGGUGCGGAUAUAAACACUUCCAAUGUUGAUGGAUUGACAGCGCUCCAUCAAGCUUGUAUUGAUGAUAACCAGGAUAUGGUAGAAUUUCUGGUAGAGAAUAAGGCUGAUGUGGAUGUUUGUGAUAACGAGGGUUGGACACCAUUACAUGCUACAGCUUCCUGUGGUUUUACAGAAAUAGCUAGAUACCUAAUAAAACACGAUGCUAAUGUAGCGGCUGUGAACAAUGAUGGAGAUUUACCUAUUGAUAUCUGUGAAGAUGAUGAAAUGGAAAAUUUAUUACAGAAAGAAAUGGACAAUCAAGGAAUUGAUGCUGAUUCAGCAAGAUCUGAAGAAGAAGAUAGAAUGCUAGCUGAUGCUAACCAAUGGUUAAACAGUAAAAUAGUAAAAGAAAAGAAACAUAGUAAAACUGGUGCUACAGCUUUACAUGUAGCUGCUGCUAAAGGUUAUGUUAAAGUUAUGGAUAUUUUACUUCAAGCUGGUGUUGAUAUAAAUGCUCAGGACAAUGAUGGUUGGACGCCAUUACAUGGUGCGGCUCACUGGGGACAAGAGGAAUCCUGUCAAAUUCUGGUAGAAAACUUGUGUGAUAUGGACAUCAAAAACAAUGCUGUAAGUUUACGUUAA